AUGCCCCCUAAGGCGGUGAAAGUGAACUUAAUUUAUCCGGAAAACCAUUUCUACGAGAAGGUUCUGAUCGACUGGAAGGACAAUGCCUCCGACAAGAAUGGAGCUUUUGUCGUCAAAAAAGCAUUGGAGAACCUCAAGAAGUACCCGUUGAAGAUCAACGGAUAUGCUGAUCUCAAGAUGAUCAAAGGUAAGUGUUAGUGCUUAGUAGGUCUCAACUUUUAAAUAUUGAUUUGUUUUAUUUUUUAAUUAUGUUUAGGUAUCGGAGAAGACUUUGCUACACGGUUGGAUGCGGCUUACAAAUACUUCAAACAAGUUAAUGGCGUCUCUGAAGUGAACCUCUCCCAAGUUCGUGCCUUGAGAAGCGGAGAGUUUCUACAGUUUCUGUGUGAAUCUACAGUAUCCAGAGGCAAGAAAACGAUUCCGUUCUUGUCAGUAGAUGCACGACAGAAUCUAAGAAUGAUGUCGAAAUUCGGAGGAACUGGCCUUAUGGUUGGUACUUCCCAGCAGACAAAAGGUCCAUCAAGUUCACAAAACGCUGCUUCAACUUCGAAGACAGUUCUGUCGUCUAUUUGUUCAAAUGUUUCCCCGUUACCUCUUCCGGAAGCAUCAGGAAUUGUAGGUCCUUCUGGUGUUAGUACGCAAUCUUCUGUACUACAACCUUCCUUCCCUUCACAAUCGCAUAAUCCGGGUAAUCGUGUUCCAACAUCGUCUCAAGCUUCAACUACGUCUCAUAGCGAAGCCACAGAUUCGCAGUUAGUGUACAAGCCUUACAGUGGAAUUCUGCCUCAAGUGUUGUUAGUUGUUGAUAACAGAGAGAACCGGAGAGAUGGACGGUCCAACGGAUUGUGUGACCAUCUGACCAAGAAAGGAGUCCAAUAUGAUCUUCGGUCCUUGGCGGUCGGUGACUUCUUGUGGGUUCUGCAGAUGGGACCAGGGCACGAGAACGAGCUGGUCAUGGAUUUCGUGAUCGAACGAAAAACCUGGGACGACUUGAAGGUAAGAAAUAACAUAUAUUACGAUUGUGAAAAGUAAUAUUAUUAUAUAUUAAUAAACAGUAACAUUUUGUUAUUGAUUACAACUGUUUAGACUAGUGUGCGCCAGUCUAGAUACCACGAACAAAAACAGCGACUGAAACAGUCCGAGAUCAAGAACAUUAUAUUGUUGGUGGAAGGAUCGACGAGUAAAGUGGACUCGUCUUUGGAGCAAGCUAUUGUCUCUACCUGUAUCCAAGAUGGAUUCCUGGUUCAGCGAACUCUGAAUUCUGCUGAUACAGCCCAAUUCCUACGCGAUUUGACCAACUAUUUGGUUAAGCGGUUGAACAGCAACGAGGUAUGUUGCUAUUUAAUUAAGUACACGAUUUUACGAAUCGAUACUGUUCUAAUUAUAGUUUUAAGUAUGAUGUGGCCUUGUUGUGAGUUCUUUAUAAUUUACUAUUUUUAAGACCUUUUUCCAGAUUUCGGGACAAUCAUUUGCCGCCUUCCAAGACGAAAGUAAGAAAACAAAAGUGCUUACAGUAGCCGACUGUUUCCUCAAACAACUUACCGUAUGCCCAGGAAUGAGCAGCUCCAAGGCCAAGGACGUCGUAAGUCGUUUCCCUUCAAUGACAGCGUUGCGGUCAUUGUACCAAACUGCUCCACCGUUUGCGAAUCGUGAGGAUAUUCUAAAAGAUUCUGUCCCCAGCGUUACCCAAAGUGUCAGCAAACAUGUAUCUCGAUUCUUUGUACAAUAA